CACAACAUGGUGUCUGGGGACCACGAAAAGUUGCUGCCCGAGCCGGAGAAUUACGUGAAAUGUUUUUAUGAUCUCUUUAAAAGCAUUGCCGAGGCACAGAGAAAUAAGGAAGAAUGGAGAAAAUGUAAAAAAAAUAAAUCUAUACGUAAAAGAGAUAAGAAAAAGAUUGAUUUAACCGGAGAUUUAAAUUACAAUAGUCCACCAGAAAUAGAAUUACCUUGCAAUGCUUCUGCAUUUGCUGUAUUUGCUAGUGUUAGAAGUGCUAUUUUGGAAAAACAUGCUAGAACAACAAAUGAAGUUUAUAGAGUAUCAAAUUGUAAUUCUCCAUCACCACCAGAACAUAGUGAGACUAUGGAUACAGAAAGUGAUGAUGAGGAUAGGAUAUCAACUAUACAGAGUUUACCAAAGAUUGUAGGCAUUGGUUUACGAAGUGUUUUCACGUUAAUGAGGGAAAGCAGAUCAAUUGAACCUCUUUUAUGUACAAAAGCAUUAUCAGCUCUAUUGGAUAUAUUGCAAGGACAACUCCCAGAAGGGCUGAAGUCUGAACCAGAUGAUGUUAUUGAUCCACUUUUUGAUCUGCUGUUGGAUCUAGCAACUUCACACGGCCCAGAAUCAGCAGCUGCUAAUGAUGGUAGUCAUUUGACUGCAGUUGCUUGUGCAUGUUUAUUGAGCCUUGUGGUUGUCAGAGGUGAUACUGGUCGUCUGUUAGCAGCAAUUGCUGCUUUACUCAUGUGUCCUAGAGUACUAGCAGUUCAAAAUAUUCAAAUGCCAUGUGUAUUAACAUCCUUACAAAGAAGUGUACAAGCUGUAUUACUUGGAAAACUUAUACGGCCAGACUGGAUUACAUAUGGAGUUCCUAAAUGUUCUAAGAUUUAUAUUUCUACGCUUAAGUUACCAAAUGAGAUAAAUAAUAUAACAUUAAAUGGACGAAGUUUUGUGAGUGACGGAAAGUACCUGUACCUACACACAAAUAGAGGAUUAUUAAAAAUUGGUAGUGGUCAUGGUGGAACCAUUUGGGGUCAUAUGUAUAUUCAGAAAGCAGACUUUUAUCCAACGGAAACCGGUUGGCUCGGUUAUGCAAAUAAUACAUUAUAUUUUAAGUGUACACCCCGAAAACAGAGUGAAUUACUAAUCAUUGAUGCAGAAACCCUUGUAGUCACAGGAAUUGCCGUUUUAGAAGGUCGUGACUGGUCAUCUUCCGUUAUGUUUUCCGAUGGCGAAUGUUUAGGAAUGAUAACAGCGGGAAAAGAUGAUGGUUUUGUAGUCAGAACAAUAAAUACACUAAGUAAUCCAGUAGCGGUUGCAUCCGAAUUACCAUUGAAAUUAGCAAGAAAAUGUGUAGAUGUUUUUGGAUACUCUGCUUUUGAUGAAGAACAAGCCGUUCAUAUAUUAAAUCCAGGCUGUGACGACGAAAUUGCUACAGUUACAGCAGGGAAAGAAUUUGGUUUAUUAAAAACUGUCUCUGGAAAGGUAUUAUAUACUGGAAAAGGAACUUGUCUUGGUAUGAAAAGUAAUACAAGGCCUAAUAGAUGGGUAGAAUUAACACUUGGAAAAGGACCAAGACUUGUACAUUUUGCGGCUGGUCAUGAUGGUCAGCACGUUGUUAUGAUUAUGGAAGAUGGUUCUGUUUUAUUUGCUGGAACUGCUAGGCGUGGAGAGGAUGGUGAUAACAAUAAAGUUCGUCGACAACCCAAACCAGUUAAGCCAAAAAAGAUAGCAAAGGUAGAAGGACAAUUUAUUGUAGAAGCCGCCUGCAAUAAUGGAUCGACAGCAUUAGUCACUAAAGAGGGUGCUUUGUUAAUGUUUGGCAAAGAUACCUUGCACAGUGAUCCGGUUUCAGGGGUAGUUACCGAUCUCAGAGAUGUCUGUGUUGUUCACGUUUCAUUAGGAAAAGCUCAUGCUGCGACAUUAACUAACAAAGGUCAUCUGUAUACAUUUGGGAUUAAUAAUAAGGGACAGUGUGGUAGAGAUUUUACAGCAGUUCAUGCUGUAAAUAAGGAUGUCUCUGUUGUCGCUAUGGAGAUGGGUACAGCGGACGAUGAACUAUUAGUGACAGAAGAAGACGGCGUAGAACCGACUGAGGAUUGGGAGGAAACAAGAGGGAUGUGUCCUCCAGGAUUACAUCAGUGGAAGCAUCGUGUUUGUAUGGUUUGCACGGUAUGCCGAGAGUGCACUGGUUGUAGUAUAUCAUGCUUGAGUAGUAUACGACCGGAUCGAAACCCUGGCCAGGAAUGUGGCUGUGGUAAGGGUGACAGUGGUUGCGCGGAAUGCGGAUGUUGUCGAACAUGCGCAAGAAAAAGUUGUACCACUGGUAGAUCCAGUUCCAAUUUUCGGGAAUAUUUACAAAGGCGGCUGGGAGAAAUUAAACAGAAGCAGAGAACCAAAGCAGGUCCAAGUACUGCGAAAUAUGGAAUGAAGAUGAAAGGUCCGAAUAAUCAAAAAUUGGCUGGUCCAAGCGUGAUACAAAAGAGUACCGGGAAAAUGGCAUUGGGGUUAAGUACUAAUUUGAUGAUUGAAGAAGGUAUUGGAGGAAGCGAUAUUGAACGAGGUGACGCGGCAAGAAUAGCUAGUAUACCACCAGCUAGAGUUCCUAUACCCAGCGAAAGUCCUGUGGUUCAAGUGUCGUGUGGAUUGCACCAUACAGUGGUGCUCUUACAAAAUGGGGAAGUUUAUACAUUUGGAAGCAAUAUAUAUGGUCAACUGGGUGUAGGAGAUUUAGUAGCACAUGCUGGAGUCGUUCACGUUAAGUUACCAGGAAUAGCAACGCAAGUUGCGGCUGGAAGUAAUCAUACUGUCAUACUUACUUCAAAAGGCGAAGUGUUUACGUUCGGAGCUUAUCAAAAAGGACAAUUGGGCAUGAAUUGGUGGAAUGGACAAAACGACUCUUCAAAUACUACUUCGCAAACUAGUCGCCGUUCUGAUAGGACACAGCCAUGGCACAGUUUUCCAAACGUAGUUCCAAAUAUCGGUCCACGAUGGGGUAGACGUGCAACAUGGGUUGGCGCAAGUGGAGAUCAAACUUAUGUCAAAAUUGAUGAAAUAAAUUUUAUUAGUUUAACAAGGAGUACUGUUAUGGCAAAUAAAAACUGCAUAAUUUUAAUUCCACAUCAAACUGAUCACGCAAAUUCGUUCAAAUGCUUAGUUAUAAGUAAACGGGACGGCACUUGUAAUAGUUACAGCGGAGCGGAUCAAGUUGACUUCAGUAAUUGUGCAACCUGUUUAGAUCCUUUGUAUAACGUGAUUUGGACUUUUAAUCCGAUAAAGAGUGAAAUAAGCCUAUAUAAUAUCAUAUCAACGGAAGCUAGAACGAUUCCUGGCUUGGAAGUAUCUAUUUUGAAUCCAGGCUUAGCACUGCCUGUAGUAUCAAGCUGCUUUGUAACGCGUUCCCAAGCUGCGAUGCAUUUGUUGGCCUGUUUGGAUACUCUUACACAAGGUCAAGAUGAAAAUCUAACUAUAGUAGAAGAAAAUGAAUGUAAUCAAUCAACACACGGAAAAGCGUACAGUCGGGAAGAUUUUGUUACGGUUAAUAGAUUUGAAAGUCACGGUGGUGGUUGGGGUUACACCGCACAUUCGAUCGAGGCUAUCAGAUUUAUGCCUGAUACUGAUAUCUUGCUUGGUGGAUAUGGAUUGUUCGGAGGCCGGGGCGAAUAUACAGCAAAAAUAAAACUUUUCGAUAUUGGAACUGACGGAGGAGAUCAAGAAAACGAUGGUGAACUUUUAGCAGAAUCAGAGGAAGUACCGUACGAAUGCGGACCGAGACAAAAGUAUUCUAUUUUAUUCGAUGAACCGAUUGCUUUGCAAGCUAACAGGUGGUACGUUGCAUGGGCAAAAGUUAGCGGUCCUUCCAGUGACUGCGGAACUGGUGGUCAAGGAAUGGUCACGGCUAAAGAUCAAGUUAUGUUUUAUUUUAAAUCAUCCAAGAGAUCUAACAACGGAACAGAUGUGAAUGCUGGACAAAUUCCACAAUUAUUGUAUCGUAUUGUUACACCCGAAAGUCAAACUCCUAACAGGCAAAGAGACCAAGUCGAACCAGUUUAUGUAUUGAAACGGGAUUUUAGUAGAACGGUGACUAAAGAAUGUUUUCAGUCAUUAAUAUCUCUUCUUCAGUGGAGUUGGAAUACAUUAAAAGCAGGAUUAAAUGACACUGUGGUUCAUGCUAUUUCCUCUCACGCAUUGCUCGAAAUGGAGCGUUUGGUUUAUAUUAGUAAAGCUAGUUUACGAUUACUUAGAACAUAUACUAACGAAAUUUAUCCUAAUCAAGUUGGCAAGAAAACUCCGGCUGAAUCGGUUCGUUUAGCCGAAUGCAUUGGAGAAGUGCGUGCGCUGUUACAUCAAAUUUUAUCUGAUUCUGUGCCAUUAAAUACAAAGAGUAAAGGAAAAACGCGAUCAAAUAAAAGUACUACUACAAUAAGCAACAAGUUGACAAAUAGCAUACUGGAUGAAUGUCACAGAACAUUUGUCGCUUGUUAUCAUGCAUUUUAUCCAACGGCAUACUUAAAAUGGACAUGUCUCUGUGAAUUAUUAUCGGAAAUUGAUAGGGAACAGGGAAGAUCUUCAAAAGACCGUCUAUUAUCAGCCGUUUUAGCUUCCUUGUGUAAUCCAGCCAUUCGUCUACGAUGUACAUUUCCGAUUUUGACUAACAUCAUGGAUAGCAGUGAUAGCAUCAAGCGGCAGCUCAGUCCAUCCGACAAUACUGGCUUGUUGAUGAUCAAUUCCACGGAAAGCCAUCAGUAUCCAAUUUUAGUUGAACAAAUUAGUUAUAAAUCUCAAGUGGAAAGCUCUGGGAAGGAGACCUUAAAUUGGUCGUUUCGCGAUGUUCUUGAUAGACUGUUAGAUUUGAUUCUAGUCCCGGUGAAGAAAAGUCUUUGCAAAGAAAAGACACAAUCACUGCCAGAGUUGGUUCUUCAUUGUUGUUAUUUGUUAGCGCGGGUGAUAGCUGAAUUAGCGGCACAGUCUAGCGGGAACGAGGAUGAACUUCAAGCUGCCUGUGGCAGGCUUAUGUACACCACACCUUCGAGAUUUACCCGAGUGAAUCAAUCAAGAUCUUGGAAUACCGGUAAUGGUUCUCCUGACGCGAUCUGUUUUUCGGUCGAUAGACCCGGUAUCGUUAUUGUUGGAGUAGGUAUCUACGGAGGUGUUGGAAUGUACGACUACGAAUUAGAACUGCUUGACGACCAAAACAAUACGGGCAAUGAUCCAUCUCAUACGCAACGUUGGAGUAGUUUGGAUUUUACGCGCGGCUCUUUUGGGCCGGAUGAUUGCGUUAACGAUAUAGUAGAGUUAAAAUUUGAUAAACCAGUGCUCAUUAAGGAAAACGUGAAGUAUGCUAUUAGACUGAGAAACCGUGGUGGUCGUACGAGUAAUGGUGACGGUGGUUUAAGUGUCGUUAAAGGACCCGACGGGACUACCUUUACCUUCACGGCUUGUUCCUUAAGCUUUAAUGGUACAACACAAACUAGAGGUCAAAUACCUCAUAUCCUUUAUUACUCUAAUCCUCAAGAUUCCGACGGUCAACACACGAGUAAAGCAAUGGCUGAGGUGCAAGCAAGAAAAUGUACCCUUGCCAUGACAGCCACAGUUAUUCAAAGGUCGAAUGAAAUACUUGCAUUAGCAAGGGAGAGGGCAGAAGAUGGAAUAGCCACCGAAGUUCUAGGGAAUGCAACGUUUAUAACCACUCUUUUACCUUUGGUGAUGGCACAUAUUAGUCCACUGGCUACUUCAGAUCCUAGGAGUGGAGUUCAGGUUCUCACUUUAAUACAAGAAAUGCUUCCUCAUGUUUCGGCACUUAACUUAUUAUCUACAAUGGGAUUGUCUCAAAUAUCUCAAGACAGUGAAGCUCAGUCUCACGUAUCUGCACCCAUUACUACUAGUCAUCAUUAUACUUGGUUGGAAAGCGAUCAUCCCUAUAAACCUGCUACAGUAUCUCACUAUAAAGUUACCUUUCCGGAUACGGUUAAGUGGUUAACUAUUGAAUUCACACCUGAGUGUGGUACGGCGCAGCCUGAAGAUUAUUUGCAACUCUACAUUCCGAAUAUAAUUUCACCCGCGGGAACAUCUGUAACCGCAGGGGUAGAAGACACACCCUUAUAUUGGCCUGUACUGCAUAAACUAAGUAAUGUACAAAGCCAAUGGCCUCAAAACGCGAUUGUAUUACCAGGAAACGAAGUGAUAUUCUCAUUGGAGACUGCGUCGGAUUACAUGAAAAACGACAGAGCGAUCAUGUACGGGUUUAAGUGCUUGGUUAUUGGAUACGACUGGAUAACAUCGGGAAAUGGGUUAAAAAAUCUGGAAAUUGAAUUAUCAUUUCUGGGUGGUGCUUGUGCCGCCAGUCUGAUGAAGAGAAAUCUUGCGUUACCACCUGUGUCCAACGAAGAAGUGGAAGAGGAUCUGGAGCUGAUGCAGGAAACCGCAAAGAGGAUUUUCUCCAUGCAUUCAACAUUACUUGGCCGAGGAUUCGCUCUGGCUUCGCCACCCACCGUCUCCCAGGCUCUCGACGGAGUUCUUCCAUUCAGUUGCCACUCGAACGAACGGCUCUUUCUGCGAGAUUUCGUCUCCUGUUCAGCCGGGACCAGUGGUGGUCGUUUGGCAAGAUGGUUGCAACCGGACAGCUUCGUGGAUCCCUCGAAAUGCGAGGCGCUUUACUCGAAGGAAGAGAUGAAGUGCGGAUGGCCGGCCAUAGUUACUAUACUCACGAGAGAUCAGUACGGGGACGUCGUGCAUGUACCCAAUCUAAAGGUCGAAGUGAAAGCAGUUCCCAUAGACAAAAAGGACCUAGCAGAAUCGGAUCAAGGAAGAAAAAUUCGACGAGUAUCGCAGCCGGACCCGAUGAGCUUCGGAGGUCAUCCUCAGCCUCCGUUAGACGUUCCGUACGAGGUUACGAUCAACAAUAAGACCUGUUUCUACGCGAUCACUAUCAUGAAGGCUUAUCAAAACUAUUCGUUCGAAGAGCUGAGGUUUAUGUCACCGACUAUAAAAAGAUCGAGCGAGAGUAUGCUGGUCAGACCUAACGGCGAUGGAAGUUAUAGCGCUACUUGGACACCAUCAUCGGUCGGAUGGUAUUCUCUCAUGAUCACAGUUGACGGAUACAACAUGGAAGAUAAUUAUAGAGUGGAAGUGAAGGAACCUCCGCAGGGUAUGCAACCACCGACGCGAAAUAUCGUGAAGAAGCCGCAGUAUCAACCGAGCAGACUGAGAAAAUUCGUGGUGAAGAAUAGCGCGGGUUUGAGGAUCAGGGCACAUCCGUCUCUUCAAAGCGAACAAAUUGGAAUCGUCUCGGUUAAUGGCACUAUAGCGUUCAUAGACGAGAUUCAUAACGACGACGGUGUGUGGUUGCGAUUAAACGCGGAAACGAUUAAGAAAUUCUGCAGCAGUAGUCAUCUGGAAGCUUGGUGCUUGCAGUACAAUCAACACUUGGGAAAAACUUUGUUACUUCCGGUGGAAGAGCCGAAAUCGAUCUUAGAUCAGGUCAUCAAGGAUACCAUCUUACGGAAGAGGCCUGAAGUAGUUGACGAUAAAAGGAAAACUGUUACUUUCGAUGGCGGUAGAAGCAUGGCCGUGGUGAAGUGCGGCGCAUCCGGUCACAACAUCAGAAGUAGGCCAAGUUUGAAGGCAGCACCGGUGGGAAUGUUGGCUCUCGGUAACUCGGUGACCAUUCAAGAAUACUUUGCUAACAACGAAGGUACUUGGGUACGAAUCGACGACGAAUCGAUGGCCAAGUAUUGCUUCGACAAAGGUCGGGUGGCGGAGGGUGAAGCAUGGUCCCUUGCCAUUAACAAACACGGUGUUACGUACAUGAAAACCGAGCAAGAUCUCGAGAACGAUCCGGUGGAGAAGAAACCGAUCGUGGCUGAUCCGUCCGUUUCACCUAAUCACAAAGGUUUCGAUUUCUCAGUGCCUUCCGUGAGUAACGAAGGCUUCAAUUUCACCGCCCAGAAUUACACACCGGGUACGGCCGAGUCUGGUGAAGGUAGCAACACGAAUCCAUUUAUUUUCGGUUCGUACAACCAGCACGAUUCGCCAGGGAGCGAUAAAUUCACACCAGAAAAGACUGACGUUUCACCGAAAUUCACGAAGCCUCAUUCGAAAGAAAGAAUGGUAAAGGAAAGAGAACGCGAAGGUGGUGGUGGUGGUGGAAAAUUCAGCGUGUUGCAGAAAUGGUUGAGAGGCGACGACAAGUGUCACGGAGAGAAAAAAAGCUCCCCUGGCAGUUUUGGCAUCUGCAGGGACUUCUCCGAGUUCGUCGGGGUGUCUGUGAAGGAGUUGGUGAAAGCAAUGGGUGAGAGUCGAGCGAAUGGUAACGGUGCCACGCCACCGGAGACCCCGAGACGAUUGUCGAGAAGCUCGUCACCGAAGAAUCCCCAAGGUGGGUCACCAAGAUUUCACAGCCCGUCCUCUAGCCCGGUUCCAAUACCCGGUGGGAGAAGCUUGAUAGGAGGGGGAGACAGUAUCAGUAGCAGCCCUGUGCUAUGUGGCUCCCCCCGAAGUGUCGGCCUCUCCCCUUUAGUAUCCGGUGGCAUGGUGGACAGUAUCACGUCGCAGAGACGUGGAUCAACCCAAAGCGACACAAGUGCCUUGGUCAGUAGUCUAACGAGGGAUCCUUCGCAGUCCCCAAGUGCUGUCAGCACAACUGCCAAUACCCGCGACCUUUCUCCAAGUCCAAGUUGUAGUUCUUUACACAUGAGAUCCGAGGGUAGUAUAGCUAGUCCACCCGAUACACCGAAGCAAGAUGGCGGCGGGGAUUCUCAAGAAAGUCCGCGAAAGGUAUCUCAAGCGCAGACGCAAACGAGUCCCGAGAGUGCUACCACAGCUAUGAAGGGUCAUUUUAGCAUCGGUUCGGCUGGUCCAAAGGAGGAACGUCAUCCAGCGAAACUGACCAGAAGGGAGCAUAGCAAAAUAGCUAAGACCCGAACGAAACGAGCUAUCUCGCCGACUACCUCUCAAAGUCCUUCUCCGAAUAGAACGUUGAAUCUGACCAAGGAUAAAGUAAAGGAAGCUAUCAGUCCUUCGGUGGCAGAAUGCCUGCGAGCUGUGUUCGCGGCGUUUCUUUGGCACGAAGGGAUCGUGCACGACGCGAUGGCAUGCGCCAGUUUCCUCAAAUUUCAUCCUAGCUUACCGAAACAGGGCGCGCUCGUGGUGACCCGGCAAACGGUUCUGCAAUCAACGGACAAGCAGAAACAGGAACAGAAAGCCAGACAAAGACACUCGGUCGAGGUGACCAACGCCGGGAACUACUUGCACAUUCAACCGAGUACUUUGGAGACUUUAACUCGGUCGGCGGCGAAUGCGAACGCGAACAGGAACAGAAAGAAACAGGAAACAACGAUUAAGGAAGAGGUACAGGAAAACGGGAAAUUAGGCGCUCUGCCGGAAUUUCAAACGGUCGCUGUUCUACCACCGGCACUGAAAAGCUUGGUAUUCUUAUGGGAGGAGCUUAGCACUAAUUGUCUUCAAACUAUAGAACAACGCUCGGUACUGCCUAGCCCGAUAUCGCAGAUACAAACGACGAAGCUUAGCAAACGACCGGAAAAACGGAUCCGGGAGGACAAAGUGAAAGAACGAGAGAAGAAAACCAGCAAGAAGAAAAAGGAAUGGAAACCGGUCGGAAGAGCAAACGGAUCGGAGGCGCUGGGAGGAAUAGAACGAGAAACAAUUUGCGAACUAUGCGGCCUUAUGUUUCCGCAUCCAGUUACUUAUCACAUGAAGAUGAUGCAUCCCGGUUGCGGAUGGCACGCAGGCGGGAAGGGUUACAAUAGCGGAGGUAACUAUUGCAUCGGAUGGGCAGGGAACUGUGGCGACGGUGGAGUCGGAGGUAGCUCCUGGUACCUCAUCUGCGAUACCUGUCGCGAUAAAUACUUGAGAGCUAGGAAGCUGAAACUCGCAAAGAAAUUCCUAACCGGGAUGACGAAGAAGAAGAACGGUACUGGCAAAAUCGUGUCGCCCCUCGGCAGUCCGAAUGGUAACGAAACACACAUCAUCAUGAAGAACAAUGCGAUGUUCCUGUUAGACCUGGCCAGUGCUUCUGGAUUAAACAUUCCGAAACAGCAAAGACGACCUUCUCAAACUUUGUCGUCGGUGGCUGAAAAUUAUAGUCCCCCAGAAGCGGCUGGACCGUUUCCUCCAACUGGACCAUUCCAAUGUCUGCAAGCCUUGGGAGUUCAUAAUUCGCAGAGUCACGAUGAAAGGUUCUACGAAGAAACGUUGAGACGGCAAAAUGGUCACCCGAACGGUUAUGAAGGGAACAAUGGCAUGUCUAAUACCACAAACGGCAGGCCUCUGUCGGAACAUCCUAUGAGCGAUAGCGACAACGAAAGUGCUAAAGGUCGAGGAAAUUUUCAUCGAUCAGUAUCGAUGUCCACUGCGGCUCCUUGGACCAGGAAUACUAAUGACGGCAGGGUGGUCAUGAUGCGGAAAAGGAAUAACAGUAGCAGCGAGAUGAACAACGAGGCAGGCUCGUCUCUCCUGUGCUACCCUUCCGCAGCCCUUCAGAAGCUAGUACCUUCGAUGAACCAGUCGGCAAUUGUCUCUACUAGUCAAGCAGAAGUGACAAAUACUGACAAGAUAGAGAUUCUCGUGAGGCCAGUGAUGUUGUUCGUUCUUCAACAACACAACUUGCAGCAUUUACAACUGGCCAUGAAACAGGCGUUACGUCGUGCUGCGUGUCGAGUUUACGCGAUGCAAGCGUUAAACUGGUUGUUAAGAAGCGUCACUCAACCAAUCUGUCUUCAUGAUUUACUGUGGUGGUUCGUUGCUUCCCUGUCACCAAUCGUAUCACCUGAUAUUGCAGAUGCGAAUGACGAGGACAAUAGGACUGACAGAAAGGAAGAUCACGACAUGAUCGGUGUAUGCGAACAUCCCUUGAGCGAUCUAGUCAUAGCAGGCGAAUCUGUUAAUCCAUUGCCAACAGUGUUUCACACUUUGUUGCAAACUAUAGCGGAUCUCAUGCUUUUACCUCCGCCUGGAUCACCCCUUCAACAAGCUGCUAUUCGCUGCUGGGGUAUUAAAUUCACUCCUGCGGAUCACAUGUUCUUACACAGAAGUCACGUGUUUAGUAACAUUAGCAAAAUACUCUCGAGAUCAGAAGAAGAGGAGGACGCCACGUUGAGCAUGCACGAAAGUCAUCAGUCGGUGCAUUCUCAACAAGUGAAUAGUUGCGUGGAGGUUUUGAAAGAUUUGACGUGCGGGGUAGAGAUCAAAGCCUCGAGCAGGCAAGCUAUGAUAGUCAGUUUGACCGAUAAUUCGACGGAAACUUUCUGGGAAUCUGGCGACGAGGAUCGUAAUAAGACGAAGACUAUCAGUAUCGUCUGUGGUGCUCAUUCUAUUCCACGAGUAGUUUACAUUCACAUCGAUAAUUGUCGCGAUUUAACGCACAAGGUAUCCAGCGUGACGUUUCAAUCGGGCAGCAAUGCAGAUGAAAUGGUAAAAUUAAGAACGGUGGAAAUUGAAAGUCGUUCCGCAGGCUGGAUCCACUGUCCAGUUACUGACCCACGUCAUAUUAUCGUGAGACUCGAUUUAAAGGGUCCAGAUAAUUCUUUACGCGUUCGACAAAUAAGAAUCUUGGGCGAGAUCGAAGGGGAAUCAUUGAAAAUUGGAAAGCAAUUGAACGCGCAAACGAUUCAGCAAAGGAAUUGCGAAGCUGAAACGUUGAAAGUAUUCCGUUUAAUUACAUCUCAGGUGUUUGGUAAACUCAUACAAGGCGAACAGCAGCAGCAACAAACGGAAGCUGCAGAAGGUGCUAAUGAAGAUUUGGAAGACAGCAAUGAUCUUCGGGAACAUAUGGUUGGAAUUUUGUUCAGUAGGAACAAUCUCACUCAUUUACAGAAACAAGUUUGUACGCAUAUCGUUCAAGCUAUUCAGAAGGAAACCAUUCGAAUGAGAGAAGAAUGGGAAGCACUGUUGUGUUCACCAGCACCUGCUAAUAGCUUACUAAGUGAUAACAGCGAUUUACCAAAGGCAGCCGAUACUUAUUGCUUCGAAAUGUUAUCUAUGGUGCUUGCUCUAAGCGGCAGCUCUGUGGGGCAAUAUUAUCUGUCGCAUCAGUACGGUUUAUUAAAAGAUCUAUUGAGUCUAUUACAUACAGGAUCAGCUAGAGUGCAACGUCAAGUAACAUCUCUUUUGAAAAGAAUUUUACCCGAGAUCAAACCGGAAACAUUAGCUAAUGUGAUUAGUAUCAAACGCCUGCCACCCACUGAUUUUAGUAUCGUGUCUGCGGCAAAUAAUGGUUUCACCCAUAACUCAGAAUUCGAUGAACAUUCCCCGGGGAUUCUCGACGUUUUCCUAAGUUGCAUCGCGAAAGCGUUGACGGUUCAAGUUAAAGUGAAAGGGAAAGAAAAUAAUGGAAAGGCUUUGCAGACAGCAUCGCUAGCUACCAGUAUUCAUCCCAAGAGUUACGUUGGGCCGAGAUGGUGGCUAAGAGGUUGUAUGACGCGAAAAUUAGCCGAGGUGAUAAUUCAACUUUUAAAAGACAUGGCAUCGGGAAAACUAUCAGAAGCAUGGGCAUCGGUGACCAAAGCAGCGAUCGCAGAAAAUAUUUUAAAUCUUACCAGACUAGACGAGAAGAGUCGUGACCCGUCUGAAUGCCUGAAAACUCCAACCUUGUGGUUAGCUCUCUCUUCGUUAUGCGUUCUGGACUCCGAUCAUGUCGAAAGAUUAUCUUCUGGCCAGUGGACCGGUUCGGAGGGACAGCCACCGCCUCCUAGACCAACGUGUAGCAAUCACGAUGACGGUGAAACAACAGCCAUCAUCCAGUGCAACGUUUGCGGAAACUUAUGCGCGGAAUGCGAUAGAAUCUUGCAUUUGCACAGAAGAACUCGAAUGCACAUAAGACAAGUUUGCAAGGAAGAAGAGGAAGCUAUUCGAGUGGAUCUUCACGAGGGUUGUGGUCGAACGAAACUCUUCUGGAUUCUGGCUCUAGCCGACAGCAGAACGCUGAAAGCUUUAGUAGAGUUUCGCGAUGGUUCGCCGAGAAAACCAGUCGGCGCUACUUCCGGUAUCUGCAGAUUCUGUGGCACCACGGAAAACACGGGUCUGCUGGCGAUAGGGAACGUAUGCGCGGAUCACGAUUGCCAGGAACACGCGAAGAAUGCGUGCACCAAAGUGCAUUCCUGCGGACAUAUCUGCGGAGGUGUUCGAAACGAGAAGAAUUGUCUACCGUGUUUGCACAGGUGUUUGCCAGGAAGCGAUUUGAAGCAAGAUGCCGAUGACAUGUGCAUGAUAUGCUUCACGGAAGCUCUGUCAGCCGCGCCUGCAAUUCAGUUGCAAUGCGGACACGUUUUCCAUCUGCAUUGCUGCAGGCACGUGUUGAUGAAACGUUGGGUAGGACCGAGGAUCACUUUCGGCUUCUCUCUUUGCCCUAUUUGUAAAGUACCAAUGGAACAUUCCACUUUGGCCGAUCAGUUGGCUAGCAUCAAAGAGUUGUACGAAGAUGUUAGAAGAAAGGCUUUGAUGCGAUUGGAAUACGAAGGAUUAAACAAGGCCGAAGCGGUAUUUGGUCCAGGAGGACGAUAUCACCAAGAUCCUGCCGCGUAUGCGAUGGAACGAUACGCGUACUACGUUUGUUACAAAUGUCAAAAGGCCUAUUACGGUGGUGAAGCGCGAUGCGAUGCCCAAAUUGGCGGGGAAACGUUCGACCCUGCGGAAUUAGUAUGCGGAGGUUGCAGCGACGUGGCAAGGGCUCAUAUGUGCCCGAAACACGGAGCAGAUUUCUUAGAGUAUAAGUGCCGAUAUUGUUGCUCGGUGGCGGUGUUCUUUUGUUUUGGGACUACUCAUUUCUGUAACCCUUGCCAUGACGACUUUCAACGAGUCACCACCAUUCCAAAGAGCGAAUUACCUUCGUGCCCUGCAGGACCUAAGGCAAAACAAUUGGAAGGAGACGAAUGUCCUUUGCACGUUAAACAUCCACCUACUGGAGAAGAAUUUGCGUUGGGUUGCGGCAUUUGUCGCAACGCACACACGUUUUAAAAAGAAUUUUUGAUAUAACAACUUGAUACGAGGUGGGAUUCUUUCACGAUUUAACAGGCGAUCCUUGUUGACUCUUAUCAAUGCAACUAUACUAUAUAAUGGAUAUACAGUUCGAUAUAAGCAUUCUUAUGAUAACGAUGGUGCGUCAUUAAUGCAGUAAGAAGGGAAAGAUUGAGAAUUCUUAUGAUUGCAAAGGUGGAAUUGAUGCAACAUAAUGAUGCACGAGGAAUCAAAUUAGAGAGCGAGAAAGAGAGAGAGAGAGAACUGUGUAGUUACAGUCAUAAGUGAGAAUCUGACGAUGCGUGAAACUAUAAUACUUGUUAAGUAUUACAUAAGUCGUUUUUAUUGGUGAUUGUAAAGAAUUACUUAAAACGCAUAAUGGAGAUCAAAAAGAAAGUUGUGCGUGUAUUAAACUUCCAUGCAGUGCGAUAAACAAGAGAGCUUACACGUGCAUAAAGUCAUACAAAACGUAGUGAAUUCAUUUUGGUAAAAUAUUCUAGAUAUAAGUGUUUAAGAUAACAUAAUAUUAAUAUAAUUCUCUACGCUACUUAAGAAAUAUUUAAUUAUUAUCGACAAUGAUCCUAAUAAAUUAUGUAUGUAGGUAAAUUAUGUAUGUGAAAGAAGUAUGUUAUUUAAAAAAGAACAAAAAAAUGUGAAUUCAGCUGUGAAGAGUAUAUAUAUAUAAAAAAAGGAAAAAAAAAGAAGUUUGAAUGAAAAAUUACACCAGUUACGUACUGUAUGUACGGGCGUAUCUAUAUUUGCAUUUGUCAUUCAAGAUAGUCAUGAAUUUGUGCAUUUCUCGUGUUGAAAAUUUUUCUUUGUUUUUUGUACUUUUCCAAAGGAACAAUGUGAGGUAAUAUCUCAUACCUGUCACGUUAUUUAUUUAUAAUUAUAUCAGUGUAAUGCUUUGUAUUACGUGCGCUGUUCGGCGAGACGAUAGAAUCUGUGUAUAUUCGUAUAAAAAAUGAAACGCGUGGACGAUAACCGGGUGGUAAACGUCGAUUGUUAUUAUUUGUGUUUCAAUCUAGUGCAGAUUAAAUGAAAGUAAUAAUUUGAAAACAAAGCAAAACAAUGAAAAAGUAAGA